AUGAGGGAAAUUUUAGUAUUAUAAUUGGGGGGUUUUGGAAAUAAAAUGGGUGUGAAAUUUUGGGAAGAAAUGUUAAAAGAUAGUGAAUUUGGUAAUGAUAACGAAUAAGGUAAUUAAAAUAAUAAAUUAUUACUUAAUACAUCUAAUAUUGUGUAUUAUAAUUUACAUGAAAAGAAACCACUUCCUAGAUGUAUUUAAGUUGAUUUAGGACAGGAUUUACCUUAUUCAAAUAUAGACUUUAAUCCAUGUAAUCAGUUCUCAUUUAAUUAUUCAUCUGGAAAUAAUUUUGGAUUUGUAAAGAAUCAUUGUUCAAAUGAAAUUAUUGAUAUUCUUAUUGAUAGUAUUCGAUAAGAGAUUGAAAAAUGUGACUCAUUUUAAGGAUUCUAAAUAUUUGCAUCCAUUAUUGGUGGUACCGGUUCUGGUUUAUCAGCUGUUUUAUCAUAAAAAUUAAAAGAUGAAUAUAAUAGUGUAAUAACUUAAUGUAACUUAUUGGUUCCUUCAAUAAAGUAAAAUGACACAUGUGUUGUUUCUCCUUAUAAUGCUUUUUUAGCCUUAAAUUAAUUGAUGGAAUCUACAUAAUAAUUAAUAUUUUUUGAUAACUAAGGACUUAAAUAAAAUUUGAGUAGAUUAGGAAUACAAUUUGAUUAUGAUGAUGCCAAUCUUCAUGUUGCUUAAACAAUAUGUUGUAAUUCUUCACCAUUUCGAAAUCCUGGAGAUAUUAAUUCAAGUUUAAGAAAGCUUUCCACAAAUUUAGUUCCUUUCCCAGAAUUAAAAUUGUUUACAUGCAGUUAAUCUAAUAAUUAAUUCAGUGAUUACUAUCAAGAAUAUUUAAAGAUGGAUGAAUACUAAAUUUUUAAAGAAUUAAUGUCAUCUGAUCAUAAUCAAGCUAGUAUUGAUUACACUCAUGGUAGAUUUCUUACAGCUGCACUUAGUUUAAGAGGUAAAAUAUCAAAUAAGUAAAUUGACAAAUAUAAUUCUCUUUUCUAGCAGUAUCUAGAAAAUUCUACAUAUUAUAGUAGAGCAUAAAAGGCAAAAAAAAUUAAUGGAGUUAAUAUGUUUUUUACUAAUAUUUGUAAGAAACCAUUAUCUAAUUAUGAAUUUUUUGGAAGUUCAAUAAUUAAUUCAACAAGCAUUGCUGAAUAAUUGAAUAGCUUAGAUGAAAAAUUUAAUAAAAUGCAUAUUCGAAAAUGUUAUAUGUAUAAAUAUACACAAGAAGGAAUUGAAGAGGAUGAAUUUAUAGAAGCUAAAUCUAGAGUUGAAGAUAUUUGUCGUUAUUAUGAAGAUAAAUACAAUGAAGAUGUAGGAGAAGGUCAUGAAAAUUGGGAAUGA